CAGUAACAAAAUUAUUGUUCAUAAUAUUUUUGUAUUUACUAACAAAAAACUGUUUUUAAGAAGUGUUUGAGUGAUAAGAAUGUUUAUAUAUUAAAACUGUUGUUUAGUUAUCAUUUCUACUAAAUGAGUGGGUGUAAUUUGUUAUUGUAUUGUACUUUGACUUAAUAUUAAUGUUUAUAUAAAACAGUUUAAGUACGUUACGGGCAAUUGGUCUGUCUCUUGAUUUAAACGCUGUGUUAAAGCAUUUUCUUAUUUUGUAAUAGAUUUACUAAAUCGAUAAUAAAAAUGUGCUGUGAACUGCCAAUGUUGAAGAGAUGUCUUCUGUGCAUACCUCUACGUUAUGGGCUGAUUGGAUGGGGUUAUAUCAGACUGGUGAUAGAUAUAAUCGUGACAGUGGCUCUUACAAUAGAGUUCAUACAUGUGUUGGAGAUGGUGCAGACCCGGUCCUACAGUGUAAGCAACCUGGUUAUAAUCGGUCUAAUCAUACUGCUGGGCGUCGCAGACUUUACGCUCACUGUCGUGUUUAUUAUUGGAGCACAAAGGAAAAAUGUGAAACUGCUGAAGAUGUGCUACGUGUACAACAUAGUGCUGUGGGUGCUGAUCAUCAUCUUGGGUGUCGCCGUAUCCGUGUACACGGUGUACCUGAUGUACCAACACAACGUGGCAUUCCUUCACCAUAUCUUCUACAUCCUUACUGAUCUCUUCACUUACCUGUCUCAGAUAUUGGUACAAGGAUACUUCCUGUUGCUGGUGAGAAGUGAAAUAGUAAAAUUGGAAAACAGUAGUGAAUUUCAGUUUGUCAACAAUGCAGCUGAAUCCGAAUGUAGAAUGAAAUGGGCACAAGAUGGCAUCACUAGCGCGCAAGAAGAACAAACUCAAGAAAUUCACAACUGUUAGGAGAUUCUAGAAGCAUUUUAUUCAACUUCUGUGAUUUUCAUAAUAUAUACUUAUAAUAACAUUAUUUAUGAAAUAACGUCUAUAAUGGAAUGGAGCUAGUGGAGAACAGUCACCAGUGACCUCUAGGGGACUGGCAGGCAAAACCGAAACACGCCAUAUGCCGGAAUACUGAAACGUUACUCAAUUUUAAGUCGUGCUUAAAUAU